GGUCUGUAGGGGGUCCUCUUUUUCCUCAGAUUCAGCCCUUUGCCAGGAUGGAAGCUGGCACCUGCUUGUCGCCAUCCUGCCCGUCAGCAGCAAGAGCGUUUCAGGUGGUCCUCACCAAACGAUGUGUUGGCUGCAGGCCAUUGCAGCUUGGUGUCAUCCUUAAAUAACUGAGAAGAUGUCAUCCAUCAUGAUACUAAUAGCCUGGAUCUGAACGACCUACCUCAACCAUGUUGUCAGGAUUUGUUGGAGCAUGUCACUCCCUGAAGUGGAAGUGUUGCCGUAAAUCCACCAUUGACAUACAUUUUUGCUUAUCUGAUGCAAGUCGGUGGUUUCCAGGAAAUAUAGUCCAGAGGAAAGCUCAUAAAUGGACAACAGUACCCUCAUCAAAGAUUAAGCAGAAGCCUGUGUAUGCUCGAGCUUUAACAUUUGGAGACAAAACAGCUGUGAUAGAUAGUAGUGGCUGCCACAGCUACAAGCAGCUUUAUGCCAGUAGCUUGGGUCUUGCAAGGAGAAUCAACGCCACCCUUAACUCUGACUUUGGACGCCUGGAAGGGAAACCAAUCUCCUUUUUGUGCGAUAAUGAUGCUUCCUAUACGGUGGUGCAGUGGGCCACUUGGAUGAGCGGUGGGACAGCGGUUCCACUGUAUAAAAAACACCCACCAUCUGAACUGGAGUACAUCAUCACAGAUUCCCAGAGUGCAUUGCUGGUGGCGGGACACUCCUAUGCGGAUAACUUGGAGCCCCUGGCACAGAGGCUGGGUCUGCCUUGCCUCACACUUCCGCCUACCUCUAAAAUCAGCACUUUAAACAAAGAUGACACCCAAGACAUGGAAGAGGUCAGACCCCACUGGGCGGAGCAACCAGCCAUGAUCAUCUACACCAGUGGUACGACAGGCAGGCCGAAGGGUGUUCUCCAUACGCACAGCAGCAUCCAAGCCAUGGUCCAGUGUCUGGUCUCCGAGUGGGCGUGGUCCAAAGACGACAUCAUCCUCCACACGCUUCCUCUCCACCAUGUGCACGGCAUUGUAAACAAACUUCUGUGCCCACUCUGGGUUGGCGCCACUUGUGUCAUGCUGCAUGAAUUCCAACCUCAAAAGGUAUGGGAGAUGCUGCUGAGCUCCAAAGCUCCACUGGUUAAUGUCUUCAUGGCUGUGCCAACUAUCUACUCCAAACUCAUUCACUACUAUCAUCAGCAUUUUACACAGCCUCAUGUCAAGGACUUUGUCAAGGCAGUGUGCAAAGAGAGGAUCAGACUCAUGGUCUCUGGCUCUGCUGCUCUGCCGCUGCCCACGCUGCAGCGCUGGGAAGACAUCACGGGACACACACUGCUGGAACGUUACGGCAUGACUGAGAUCGGCAUGGCACUGUCCAACCCUCUGCAGGGCCAACGCAUCCCAGGAGCUGUAGGGUUGCCACUGCCUGGUGUGGAAGUGCGGAUUGUCAUGAAUAACACAAGCAACACCACAAUUGUAGAGGGAAACCACAGAGAGACUCAGGUACGGCCAGGUCUAGAAGGGAAGGAAGGGGAGCUCCAGGUCCGAGGUCCAUCUGUCUUUAAGGAGUACUGGAACAAACCUCAAGAGACUAAAGAAUCUUUUACUGAUGACGGCUGGUUCAAAACAGGAGACACAGCAGUAUUUAAAGAUGGGGUCUAUUGGAUCAUGGGCCGUACCAGUGUUGACAUCAUCAAGAGCGGUGGCUACAAGAUCAGCGCCCUCGAGGUGGAGCGCCACCUGCUGGCUCAUCCAGACAUCACAGAUGUUACUGUGAUAGGGGCGCCAGAUGCGACCUGGGGUCAAAAGGUCACUGCCGUGGUUCAGCUGAAGGAGGGUCAAAGUCUGACUUUGUCUGAUUUGAAGACCUGGGCAAGAGAACACUUGGCGCCCUACACCAUCCCCACAGGCCUGCUGCUGGUAGAUGAGAUACCAAGGAACCAAAUGGGCAAGGUCAACAAGAAGGACCUCCUGAGACACUUCUUCCCUUGACUGCAUCACAUCUGUCGCGACAGUGGACCUCCCGACACCACUCCCCGCUGCCAAGAUCCCCUGGCAGACCCGAGCGAAAGCCGCAAGAUCAAUUGCCUUCAACCUGAAAGCUGCAUCACAUGCACCUCUCCUCGCGUUCUCCAUGAUGAGGGUGUGUGCACAAAGCGUAAACUGACUACUCCCAAGGACACGAGAUGUUGCAAGACCAGAAUACGACCACAAAUUUGCCUCAUCACAUCAAGCAUGAGAAAAAAGUAGCGGCUGAUAAACCAGAAAUUACGGUAUGUGAACCCUUUGGAGAAUUUCUGCAUAAAUUGGUCAUAAAGUGUAGUCUGAUCUUCGUUUAAAUCACAAGAAUAAACAAAUACAGUCUGCUUAAACUAAUACCACACAUACAAUCGUAAGUUUUCCUAUUCUUUUUAAAUAACAUGUAAACAUUCACAGGACAGCAAGGAGUUGAAUUGUUUGGGAGGAACACACAACGCCAUGUGUGGAGGAAAAACGGCACAGCACACCAACAUCAAAACCUUAUCCCAACUGUGAUCCGUGGUGGAAGGAGCAUCAUGGUAUGGGCGUGCUUUGCUGCCUUAGGGCCUGGACAACAUCUAUCAUCAAUGGAAAAGUGAAUUCACAAGUUUAUCAAGAUAUUUUGCACAAGAACUUGAGGCCAUCUCUCCAACACUUGAAGUUUAAAAGCGGAUGGGUGUUGCAGCAGGACAAUGAUCCAAAACACAAAAGCAAAUCAACAACAGAAUGGCUUCAGUAGAAGAAAAUACGUGUUCUGGAGUGGCCCAGUCUAAGUCCUGACCUCAACCCAAUUGAGCAUGACUUCAAGAGAGCUAUUCACACCAGACAUUCCAGGGAUCUUGCUGACCUGCAAUAGUUUUGUAAAGAGAAAUGGUCCUAAAUUUGUCCUGGUGGUUGUGCACGUCUGAUCUGCAACUACAGGAAACGUUUGGUUGGGGUUACUCACUGCCAAAGGAGGCUGAUCCAGUUAUUAAAUCCAAGUCUCCCUGUCUUGUGAAUGUCUACUUCUUAUUUUCAAUAAAAAUAUGAAAACAUAGAAGUAUUUGUGUGGCAUGAGUGUAACCCGCCUGUUUCUGGUAUCCAUCACCUUAGUUUAAGCAGACUCUGUUUGUUUAUUCUUGUGAUUAAAUGAAGAUCAGACUAUGUUCUGUGACCAAGUUAUGCAGAAAUUUAAGAAAUUCACAUACUUUUUCCUCUUACUGUAUACAGGUAUACACUCCUGAUCAAAAUUUUAAGACUUGUUGAAAAAUUGCAAAAAUGAACAUUUUGCACUGUUGGAUCUUAAGGAUGUUCUAAAUGCAUUUUUUCCAGAGCUGUAUGUAUGUACUGUAUAUGUAUUUAAUGUUUUUAUCUUUUUAACUAAAAAAAAUAUAUAUUUUAUAAGUAUCAAAGUGGGCCCCCGCAUCCUUUGUUUUUUUGUUUUUUUUUAGUAUGUGGCCCUCAAUGGAAAACUUUGGACACCCCUGCUCGAAGCUAUUGCCUUGUAAGCAAAAUGUCGCAAAUCAAGUGCUAUGACACCGAAACACAUGUUCAUUUUGUUAUUUUCGCCACGAAAAAUAACAUUGAAUAUUGACAUAGAUCGAAUAUUGAAAUCAUUUUAAAGAAAUACUUUUUCCUUUCUUUUUUUUUACACUUUGUCACUGAAAUCAAAUCAGAGAAGAAGGAAGAAAUGAAGUCUCGCUGAGAAUGCUCCCACCCGGAAAUGCUCAAGGACUCUAUUGGGUUCUGUGUUGUUGUGUUGCAGUUUUGGAUGAAUUUCCGUCAUUUGUUACAGUAUAUAUUGUUUAUAUUAUGCCCGCUCUUUAUGUGGAAGGCUUUUACUCGAACACUCGAGGAGACGGAGUAAGCCUGUUCACAUUUCUAGGACUGAAUGUGUUUUACCUGAGGGUGCUUCUACCGUCAUCUGUCUUUCCUCGGCUGAGACUGUGGAAGCUCUGACGCAGGUUCAUUUAAACCCAAUUGUCAAAAACCCAGAAGACAUUUGACCGUGGAAAAGUGUGCCACGGUGCCAGUAAGUAAAUUCAUUCUUUCUAGUAAUAUUGGAACACAUACGUAAACAAGUAUGCAGGAGUACGGCGGGAGACAAAUAACACCAAGCAUUUUGUGAGGUCUGAUUUUUUUUUUGAGGAGGCAUUUUUGUGAUGCAAAUGUAUAAAUCUUUUGAACGCAUAUUGUUUUGAGAAGCCAAAGUCUUAACUUAAUUGUCCCCAGCAACUAAGUGGAAAUCUGACCAGAACUGGACUUAGGAGACCAAGUGGUUGGUAAGUCGUUGUUAUCGGACUGCAAUGCUGAUGGGGAUGUCAUACAACUUCAUGUCAAAAAAUGCGAACUAUUCCUUUAACUUAAGAGACCCCAGCACUAGCCGGAACUGCUUUGCUCCACAAUGAAAACCGACCAGAACUCGCCCCACGGGACAAAGUGGGGGGAAAAGUCACCGUUGAUGCACUACACUGCUGAUUGGGAUGCCAUACAACUUAAUUAAAAAAAAAUCUGAGCUAUCCCUUUAAGAAGUACUGUAUGUCAAUCAGAAUCCAACAAAGCCUCGUUAUUAAUAUUAACUCUGGAAAUGUACAAUGCACAAUCUUUGAAAAUCCAAAAAUGAAGCAUUCAAGUGAAAUACUGUAGUGUUUCCUACUUUAUGUGCUAAUCUUUUAUGUGUGUGUGUGUGUGUGUGUGCAGCUGUAGUAACACAGGUGUGACGAGAGCCUGGAGGCAGAUUCUUUAGCACCACAGCUGGAUGCCCAACACUUCAUCUUACUAACCCUCUUGCUCUGCAGGCGCUUCUCGCCUCUCAGCCUUCCUCAUCUCAAUUUCCCCGACACUUGGCCUCCUCCGUCUUCAUCACCACUCAUGACAGAUUGCAAGCGGGACCAACCUGACGAUCAGAUUCCUCUUUUAGUGAACCCUGGUGCGCACAGAGAAUAGGCACAAAGUGUGUGUAUGCAAAAGUAUGAAACGAAAGGCACGGAUGGCUUGAAUGUGAAGCAGGACAAUCAGAAAGAUUGGAUUCUCAACAAGAGAGUUGAAGAAGAAGAAGGGGGAGAAAGAUGUUGAAGGGCAUGGACUGCUGCAAUACAGACAAGAUAAACAAAGCUAAUGCACAGCUAGAGUAUUCCUAGAUGGAAAGAAACACAAGUGCAACCAUCACUUGGAACAUCCUCCUGUCCACACACACACACACACACACACGCCUGCCCACAGCCACCAGAGACCUGAUUAAGAGAGCACAGCUAUCGAUCUGUGGGCUGGCAGAUAGGAUGGAUGAGCAAGCAGGAGCACCAGAGGACGACGUCCAUGCCCCGUAAUCCCCCCACGCUGCCCCACCCCACCACCCACGCUGCAGCUGGAAGUGGGCCAGGGCCACGGGCAGAAAGGCAUUGCCUUUCACGCUUAGCAGCAGAGGGUCCAACCCUAACUGAAGAGUGUGAAGCCACUGUGCAGUAAUAGGUACACUAUAGGUGUGUGGGUGGAAUCAGGGUGGAGGGGGGGAUGUUUAUUCCUUAGAGUCAAGCUUGAUGGAGUACUUGUGCCCUUGAACUACCUCCACCUCUCUCUCUCACACACACGUACACGCACACACAUCUUACCCGUGUUUGCUAGAGCAUGGUGGAAGAGGUUGUCUGCAGAUGGCUGCUUAUUGGACCCCAGGGUCCGAGAGGAUGGCUUAUAGGGGACACUGGUGAGCUUGUUUAUGUGUGUGAGACACAGAGUUUGGGCACAAGC